CAAUCUGCAAAGCAACAUUUCUAUUUAUUUAUCUUGUAAACAAAGUAUUUCUUGUAAUAAUAUACAAAUAAGAGUUAAUAGGAAGUAUAAUACAUGAAAAGCAUGCCUGUUGAAUUAAAUAGUCUCACGGAAGGAUGGCUAGAGCUCGAGAGCGACCCCGGACUGUUCACUUUAUUGCUAGAAGAUUUCGGCGUCAAAGGCGUUCAAGUUGAAGAAAUAUAUGAUCUGCAUAAGCCAUUAGAGAGUCCAGUGUAUGGGUUUAUAUUCUUGUUCCGAUGGAUAGAAGAGAGACGGUCGCGACGCAAAUUCGUAGAGCAAAUAGAAAGCUUUGUACGCGAUGAGGAGACAAUUAACAACAUAUUUUUCGCUCAGCAAAUGGUGCCCAAUAGUUGUGCCACACACGCUUUACUAUCUAUAUUACUCAACUGCCCUAAUCUACAUUUAGGAGAGACUUUGAGUAGGUUAAAGCACCACACAGUAGGCAUGAACCCCGAGAACAAGGGGUGGGCAAUCGGAAAUACUCCAGAGUUAGCAUGUGCUCACAAUUCUCAUGCUAUUCCCCAAGCUCGCAAGAAGACAGACAAAAAUGCUGUGGUCCCUACAGGACGCUUCACAGGUGAAGCAUAUCACUUUGUUAGCUUUGUACCCAUCAAUGGACAUCUGUUUGAGCUGGACGGCCUGAAGCCAUUUCCCACAGACCAUGGGCCCUGGGCCACAGAUGAGGACUGGACAGAUAAGUUCCGGAGAGUCAUGGCUGAGAGGUUGGGCAGAGAUGCUGGAGAACAGGUCCAUGAUAUCAGAUUCAAUUUGAUGGCUGUGGUGCCAGACCGAAGAAUCGCCAUAACACAGAAACUGAAUGCACUUGAACUCAACCAGAAGAGAGUAAAGGAUGCUAUAUCGAAAAUAGGAAAACAUUUGAGACAUCUACUUGCUAAAAACAGGGACAGUGAGCAAGCAGAAAUUAACCCAGAAUCAAAUGAAAAUUCAUUGCAAGAUAAUGAGAUGGAGUUCAGUGAGAGGACCAUCCUACUGGCUCUAGAGCAGGCACAGUCUCAGUUAUAUGACAUAGAUUACACACAACCAGUUUACAUAGAGAUUGGCCCCACAGAUAGGCAGAACCAAGAUACUAGUUUUAUUUUAGCGGACCCUGUUGAGCAGGGUGAAGUGGUGAAGUUUUUCAACCUAAAUCGGGACAGUCAAAUACUUGGAGAUAUUUAUCCCACCUCCAUCACAGCCAUAGUGAAGAGCAACGACACACCCAUCCUAGCGUACAGCGAGGUGGCGCCCGAGGAGCCGUUCAAGCCGCGGAAGGUGCUGUUCACGCACGCGGAGCUGAACGCCAUGAUGAGCUGCAUCGUGGCUGAGAUACAGCAGUGCCAGCAGGCGCUGAAUGAUGAGAAUGAUAAGAGGGAUAUGUAUAAGGUGGACGAUUGCCGGCGGACGCACAACUACGACGAGUUCAUCUGCACGUUCCUGUCGAUGCUGACGGAGCGCGGGUCGCUGGCGGAGCUGGUGGCGGCGCAGCUGGAGCGCGGGCGGGCGCCGCGCGUGCGCCGCCGCCGUGCGCGCCCGCCGCGCCCGAGGCAGCGCCGGCCGCAAGUGCGCGCCGGCGCCAGCGCCAGCGCCAGCGCCAGCGCCCGCAAGUGACACGCCCGACUCCCA